UACGCUCACCGAGGUCGGCAGCACAAAGCGGAGUCGCUCUCUCACUAGCUUGCACACACAUACCACACCACACACUUCAACACACACACACACACACACACACUCAGACACUCGACACACACCUCCUCAGAGACGCCCCGGGGAGCUGAAGCAAAACUGACUAGAGGAAGGAAGGAAGGAGGAGAGAAAGCAGCGAAGACAAGAUAAGGGAAGUAAAAGAAGAAGAGAAGAAGACUGGUGCAGAUAUAAGAGGACAUAAAGAUAGAUUUUGGGAAAAUAUAAGUCAGGUUGUCCAAUUGAAGAGCUCCCUCCUGAGGCCCCCCGCUGACUGUUAACAAGCACAACUCUGUACAAGUCUGGGAGCUUCAUGAGUGUGUGCACAUAACCUCCACUCCACCUCUGUGUGUGUGUGUGUGUGGCACCAUGCUGUGGACAGUGCUACUAGCGCUGCUGGUGCUUCUGCUGCUGCAGACUCAGCUGUCUGUGUGCUUAAGGGAAUUACGCAGCGGGGCUUCCAGCUCCCCUGCCUUCUCCUCUUCAUCAUCCUCUUCCUCCUCCUCUUACAAUGCCACCCAGCAGCGGCUGCCCGGAGCUAUUAUUAUUGGCGUGCGGAAAGGCGGCACCAGAGCCCUGCUGGAGAUGCUCAAUCUGCACCCAGAUGUAGAAGUGGCAAAGGCUGAGGUGCACUACUUCAACGUGGAGGAGCACUACCGCCGAGGCCUGGCCUGGUACCGAGCCCAGAUGCCCUUAACCCUCCCUGGUCAACUGACAGUGGAGAAGACCCCCGGCUACUUUGCGGCCCCUCAGGUUCCUGCGCGCAUCUGGGACAUGAACCCCGCCGUCCGCUUGUUACUCAUCGUCCGGGAUCCAGCCGAGAGGUUGGUCUCAGACUACACCCAAGUCCUCCACAAUCGCCUGACCCGCCACAAGCCCUACCAGCCGCUAGAGGAGCUCUUGAUCCACAAGGGCCACAUCGACCCUGGGUACAAGGCGCUGCAGAGGAGCCUGUACCACCAGCAUCUGGCCCGCUGGCUGGAGGUCUUCCCCAGGGAGCAGAUCCACGUGGUGGAUGGCGACGCCCUCAUCCGGGAUCCCUUCCCCGAGCUGAGAAAGGCUGAGAGGUUUCUGGACCUGCCUCCCAGGAUAAGCCCCAACAACUUCUACUACAACACCACCAAGGGCUUCUACUGCCUCCUGUCUGCCGGACACGACAAGUGCCUGGACGAGUCUAAAGGCAGGCCACACGCACCGCUGAGCACCCAGGCCUUCAAGAAGCUUUGUCACUACUUCAGGAAGCCCAACAAGUUGUUCUUUGAAAUGGUGGGGAGGUCGUUUUCCUGGUGCUGAUCCAGUGGAAUAGCAACUGUGGAGAUAAAGCACCUCCUGAACAAUGCCAACACAUUCAGGGACACAGAGGGAGAAAGAACUGUUGUUUGUGUGUUUUUGUAUGUAGAUGAGUGGAAAGAUUUUAGUUCAGUUUAAGUCAUAAACAUUUUUUCUUGUUGAUACCUACUCAGGUAUAAAUGUGGCCAACAAGAGCAACACAUGAUGUGUGUGAAGAUAUGAGGAGAAUUCAAACUGCUUGUGUUGAACAUGUGGCCAACACAAACCUUUACCAUGACCAUACUGGUGCCUCCUUGGAUGAACUCACUUGAAGAAGCUACAAGACGACUGUGCCAUACACAAGUUUGGAACUGAAAACACAACUAGAGGCCCGUUAGUGCUUUUGUAUUUGUGUUAAAAGAAAAUGUGCAGACUUUGAAGUGAUGUAGAAAUAGACAAGCGUUGAAAAGAUGGUUGAAUUGAUUGUUUGCACUAUAAAAUCUAAUUGCAUAAAAAGUCAAUGGAGGUUCAGUGUAGACAAUUUCAAACAGAAAGCAACCCCUGGCAUUGGUUGUAACAUGUUUGUGUGUUAGUAAAAAAUGUUUUAGUUGAUGCCUCCUGUUUACUUCAUCCUUUGUUAUUUUACGAGGCAAACUUUUAGAUGUUCAAUGAAAAUAUAUAUUUUUCUGUUUUGCUGUUUUGACAGUAGUCACAUUGAAAACUUGUUUUUGGUUUCUCUUAAGUUUCAAGGCCAAUGUAGUACUAUUUGUGGUUUUUUUUAAGACGUCAAUCUAAUAAAUGUGUUCAGUCUCACAGUCUCCUGCCUGGUACCAGACUGCAUUGAACCCAGCUGUAAAGGUUUAAAAACAUCAA